CAGCGCGUUAGUUUGUCUCUUUAAAAACGUUCCAUGGUUGGACUUGUCUCUUGGCGUUUAAAUAUACGAAUAUUACAAAUUAAGGCAUUUAAUAUUUUUUUAUUAUGAGGAGGGUUACGCUAUUUGUGAACGGGACCUCUAAAAACGGCAAGGUGGUGGCGGUGUAUGGGACAUUAGUUGACCUGCUGUCAGUUGCCAGUGCCAAACUGGGUAUCAGAGCCUCCAACAUAUACAAUGGGAAAGGCGGUCUGAUUGAUGACAUCGCCCUCAUCAGGGAUGAUGAUGUGCUGUAUGUGUCUGAGGGAGAUUCCUUCGUUGAGCCACAAUGUGAAAAUGGAGGCCCCGAUGAUCACUGCUUCUGGGCUGAUACGGAUUGGCUAACUCUGAAUGUGGGGGGUCGCUGUUUUACCACCACAAGGAGCACGCUGGUCAGCAAGCAGCCAGAGAGCAUGCUGGCGCACAUGUUCAAGGACAAAGAUGUGUGGGGUAACAAAUGCGACGAGCGCGGCGCCUACUUGAUCGACCGCAGUCCUGACUACUUUGAGCCCAUCCUGAACUACUUGCGUCAUGGACAGCUGAUAGUCAAUGAGGGCAUCAACCUGCUAGGGGUUCUAGAGGAGGCCCGAUUCUUUGGCAUUGAGCAGCUGGCUGAACAGCUGGAAGGGGUGAUAAAGAAUUCCCAACCUCCUGACGAUCACUCCCCCAUCUCUCGGAAGGAAUUUGUGCGAUUCCUGCUAGCUACACCCACCAAGGCAGAACUGCGCUGCCAGGGUCUGAACUUCAGUGGUGCAGAUCUGUCUCGUCUCGACCUGCGCUACAUCAACUUCAAGAUGGCCAACCUGAGCCGCUGCAAUCUCACGCAUGCCAACCUCUGCUGUGCCAACCUGGAGCGAGCGGACCUGUCAGGUGCCAACCUGGAUAAUGCCAAUUUGCAGGGUGUGAAGAUGCUGUGUUCCAAUGCAGAGGGAGCGUCACUCAAAGGGUGCAACUUUGAGGACCCUGCAGGUGCGAAGGCCAACCUAGAAGGAGCCAAUCUUAAGGGUGUGGACAUGGAGGGCAGCCAGAUGACUGGGAUCAACCUGCGUGUGGCCACACUGAAGAACGCCAAGCUGAAGAACUGCAACCUGCGUGGGGCCACCCUGGCUGGCACAGACUUGGAGAACUGUGACCUAUCGGGCUGUGAUCUCCAAGAGGCAAAUCUGCGGGGCUCCAAUGUCAAAGGUGCAAUCUUCGAGGAGAUGCUGACUCCGCUGCACAUGUCCCAGAGUGUCAGAUAACCUCCGGCGCCUUCCCCCAAACAAACCAUGCUGACCAGUAUACAGUAAGCAUACCAGUAUGCCAAAACGGACUGUUGUAUGUUUAUGAGUCUCACAGCCUUCAUAGCUGGAUUGCUAUUUUGUGAGAUGGGCUGAACAGCCUCCUUCUGUUCUGAAAUAUUUCUUAUGUGUGCCGGCCAUGACAUGUCCCCCCCCACAACACCCACGCUUUGGAUUAACAAUUUUCAGGAUGGGAUAUAGAAAUAUUCCCCAUAUCGGAAACACUAGGUUGUUACACACGCUGUACUCAGCUGAAGGAUUGUACUUUGACAUUCCACCAAAUAUACAAGGUUUGGUAAUUGAACCAGAAAUUGGUUAUCAUGUUUACACCAAUGUAUUGUUUCCAAGCUACAGUGUUACUCUUUGGAGUAGCUACAAAAGCCCUGUAACCAGUGCACUCCGAAUGUGGUCAGUACUAUCACAGUUUGCAUGUCCUGUCUGUGCCAGCUGUGGAGACACUCUGCUCAAGAUUUUGCUGCAUUAUCCAUCUUGAUUAUGCAUGCCUUGUGCACUGCUGGCAUGGCUGCCAGUUCUAAUCAUCACUGGCGUGCUCAUCUGGAUACAGGUUUAGACUUUCAGCCAUGAUAUGGUGUUAAUUUUGUUAGAAAUGCAUGUUUGCGUUUUUUUGGAUCAGUGAAUCCAUUGUCCAGCAUGCUGGUUAUAACAGAAUAAAAACUUUCAGGGUAAA